AGUUUGCUUUUGCUCAUUUUCCAGAAUUGUUAGUGUCGGCCGUGUUUGUAAUAGAAUUUGUUUCAUGUCAUCAUAAAAUGCAGCAACAGAAUGAAAGGCCAGCCCAAGAAGCACAUCAUCAAGAUUAUAUUUUGAACCCAGGAACAGUAAACAUUGUCAGGCUGCAGCCAGUGGCAGAUCUUACAACGUGGCAGAAUGUGCCAGGUCACCAAUUUGUAAGAUUGGAACCAGUAGAUGUGAAUGCCGCGACACAGUGUCUGCCUGUGUUGCCACCAGUCCUGAAUCCUUGGGAGCCUUGGCCCCUGAAUGAGACAUUGCCAACACUUGUCAGGACAUCUUCAGGUAGGACUGAAGGCACUGUUGUUUACUGCCUUAAAAUUACGUGCUCCCAGUGUUCUGCUAUCCAAACUGUUCCCACAUAUGCCAGGUUAGCAACAGAAGAUGAAUUGCAGCAGGAGAUAGCAGCAGUAGCUGAAGCAGGCAGUAACAAGUUUUGGAAUUACAAUGAAAGUGAAGCUGACGGGUUAGCAACAGAAGAUGAGUUGCAACAGGAGAUAGCAGCGGCAGCAGCAGCGGCAGUAGCUGAAGCAGGCAGUAAUGAGAUACGGAAUUACAAUGAAAGUGGAGCUGAUGGGUUGCCGGUGGAUGAAAACGUGGAGAAACAUGAUCAAAUACCUGUUCCUUGUCAACAAUAUAGAUUCACGUACUUGGACCCUAAUGCUCCAGAAUUUCAUGGUCAUCAAGCAUCAAAUGUGAAAACUAAACAAAAGUCUGCUGCAGCAAACACCAGACAUACCAGGAAACGUCUUCGAAAUGGCAGGCAAAACGAGAAGAGGAAAAGGAACCAUAAAGUCAGGCAAGAUGAUCACCCCAGAAAUCAUUUGUGCCCUGCUAGUUAUGCUGAAGCUGUUAGAGGCAGAGAAUAUAACAGUGUGCAGCAGAGCCACGAAUCGCAUAAUCAAGACACGCUUCCUCAGAAUGCUGCGUUGUCUCGGAUGUUCAGAGACACCACACUCCAGAUGAUAGACAGAUCCAACGCUCCUUUUGGCUUGGCGCCGGUGCCUCUCGCCUUCUGCUGGGCACCUGACAGAGGAGCACUGCACUGCAUGUCUGCCUCUAAUGGCCACAUACCUUCUUGUACUGACUAUUUCGAUUAUCCGUGAUUCCUGAAGUGGAUGCAGUAAAUGUUCUUUUACAAGCCUGACAAGAGUGUGUUGCACCUGUGAUGUCAUCUGGGUGCUACAGAAAUGACUCAGCUUACUGACAGUGUAAGCAGAAGCUUGCGUAUUGACAUUGAUAAAGGACUUCAGGUUUAAGUAUCAAAGCUGGCUGUCUUCUGUUGAAGUGACCAUCUCAACUUUCAUUGCAUUUCUUAAUGAAGUCAUUACUUUCUCAUUAAUCUUUUAAAAAAGAGAAGUUGACAUUCUCUUGUCAGGAGCUAAAUGACAGCAAGUAGAUAAUUGUACAGAAGCAUUUGUUGUGUGUAUGUUUGAAGUGACGUUUAAAGUAAAAUGACUUCUGGGCACUGGGAAGGUACAAUUGAUGUAUUUUGAAGAUGUGGAAGAGAAGAUACACCAUUGCUUGGUAAUACGUCCCUGAGGAUAAGAUAAGUUUGUCAAGGCUUCUUACAUUCCACCUUAAAUUGAACAUUUAUGCUAGUACCUCAAGGUUUUUGUCACAAUCUGAGCAAUUGUGCUUGGAGAGUGCAUUUAAUUUGAUUAAUCUGGAGAAAAUGGAUGUUACUUGAAUUUUCUGUGUGAGCUAUCUGCACUCCGUGGAAUAUUGAGAAGUGGCAUAUCUCCUGUAUACAGUGAUAAAUAAGGGAGGGAUUGAGUUUUUGGAAUGAUGUAACAAAGUGGUUAACUGUGAAAACUUGAAGGAAAUAAACUGACAAAAUUGUUUGCAUGUGAUGAUCAUAACUAGACAUGUGCAUGCAAAUAUUUCAUGGAUUACAUGAUCGUCAUAGAUUAUGCUUGUCUUGCAGGUUUAUACUUUUGUGAAGUACUAAAGCAAGCAUAAGAUUUUAUCUUGAUAUGCUUAAAUUAUAAACGGAAUAAGUAUUUCACUUGAACAUUGAAGAUACCAAAUCUGUGAUAAAGUUUUUAAUGUUUUUACUUGUAAGCUUAUUUUCAGACAUUGACAAGCAUUGGUAUCUUCAAUUCAUUAUCUAAGGCAGCUACCAUGUGUUGUCUUUCAAAUUCCUCUCUUCCAGUUCUAUGGCUUAUUCUGUGUUUCUGUGAUGUUGAAAUAUUUGAUGGCUGUUGUAAAUACAUGCUGUAUUAAUUUUACCUCGAGUCACUGGAAUCUGGAACUCAAAAUAACUUAAAUAUUCAUGGCUUUUAUCUGUGCUUAAUGUCGUGUGAACAGUGUAUAUAGUACACAUGAUGGUUUUAUAUUUUCCAUGAAUAUGAAUAUAAAAAUGAAA